CGUAGCUUCUGAUAAUGAAACCUCAAACAAGAUGGCGGCGCCCUCGGAUUCUGAGCUUGACAAUGCGGAAAUUGACUCAGAAAAGGAGGAAAUUGUUGACUUAAAUGAAUUUCUGGAGAAUAAUUCGCUGCCGGAGUGUAUUUGCGUGACCCAAGGAACUUAUUUAAGCAAAUCAGUGCAGAUUUCUGAUGGGGAUGUGCUACUUUUGAAGUCGAUCGAGUGUGACUCAGUCACCAUUUCAUAUAAAGAGGAAAACGAUCGUUCUUGGACUGAUAUCAAAGUAUCUUUGGACUCGAGCCAACGUUUCAAGGUGCUACCGCCGAAAGAUGCACUCAUCUCUUCAGAGUCGAGAGAAAGAGCAGCUUCGAUGGUGUUCUAUCCAGCAAUUUCAGAUUUACUUCUGGACUGCCCGACGUACUUCGAAGCGACGGCCUCUUACGAAGAUCCUUAUCUCCCUGGUAUGUCCAUUAGCGCGGGGGAUAAGUUUCGAUUUGAAAAGAUUGUCUCGGAUACGAGAGACGGACAGCAGAGGUUGAGAGUCCGUGAUGUUCUAGACAACGCUGUUCAGCUGUCCCUGGAUUGUAAAGGAAACUUCUGUCCUCUAGAAGACGACCAAACGUACACGCUGAAAGAGCUGGUGGAUUCUGCUUGUGUGCCUCGGAGACUAAAGCUAGUGCCAACGAACCAAACUUCGGAGGAUGGAGGAUCUUCCACACUUGCUUCGUCGUCUGCUCCUAGUCUAACAAUCGACGCUUCUGCUUUGACCAAACCGAAACCCCGGCUCCCCAGGAGUACCGCCUCUUCCACAUCGUCUUCCUUCUCCUCAUGUAGCGGUGCGAGUAAGGUUGUCUCCGACAUUCUCAGCGUCCUGCCUGCGUCUUUCUCCGGGGCGAUUCACAUGCUCAAACCGGAGAAGGAAGUCCUGGUUUCCCCUUUCAACGACCCAGACACAGUGUGGAGUCUCCCUGUCAGUGCUAGCCUCAAAGUCCGGCUGUACGGACAAAACGACUAUGAGGUACCCGCGAGACGACCUUCGACUCCUCCGUUUGCCCCACCCCCUGUGCCCCUUCCCCUGUCUCCAACAGACGGAGUCCCCAAAUACAAAGCCCCCACUAUCCCGGCAAUGCAGCAGCCAGUGAUUCCUGUGAACAUCACCAGCUUCGCUGACCUGUAUUCCGGGUCCUUCCCCGUAACGGCCAAACUUUGUGACGUAUCUGAGUGCAAUACAUUUCUCCGGGACAUUCUGGAAGACGUGAAAGAAGUUAUAGUGUACAGACGUGACGAAAGUCGACGAUUGUUUGCCAAAAAUACCAAAAAUGAUGACGUUUUCAGUUUAUCCAAAGACUUACAAGUCGGUUUUAUAGAGUAUCCGGAAAAAUUUCAAAGUGUUUUCCAACUUUUGCAUUUACCGUUAGGCACAGAGGUCACUGUGUUAGAAGACAUAGCCGCUGACUUUCCUAAACCGUUCUUUUUACGGUUUGGGGAUAUCAUUCGAAUCACGUCCAACACGGCCUACUCUGUCAAAUUGAAACACUCGAGCCAAGACUGUGAAGUUCUCAAGUGUGAAAAGUGUUCCCCGGAGGGAGGUGACUCCGUCAAACUGAGGAUUCCUCUCGAUUUCGAACUAAGCAUGGUCAUAGCCUCAGACGCCGCAAACAAAAAGGUACUGAGAGUCCCUGACCUUCUUUCUGGUCGGACGCUGAUUCCGAGACAACCCGUCGCGUCUCUGCCGCCAGACCAGGAAAAAGAACUUCUGGAGGAGCUCCCUGUAGAUUUACAAUUACUCAGCGUCAUCAAAGAGCCCUGUCUAGUCGUUUCCCCUACCAUGCCUUUCACACUCCCCGCAUCGUUCACAUCCAUGUUCACCUCAGCACCACAAGUCCCCUCAUCGUCAGUAUCUUCACAAGACAGCUGUUCUUCUGCUGCUGCCUGCUCGUCAUCAGAACCGAGACAGGUGCCCCAAAACAUCGGACUACCGCUAAACAGCAAUAUCGUGCUGGCGUUGACUGAACGCAUCAGUUUGGAAGAUGUCGACCUUCUGGCAUCAGAGGCAGAUUUUGUGAGGACACCGAUGGAAAAAUUGAGUCGGACGAAAUUCGAGGAGUUAGAAAAGUGUAGUAAGUUGACGAUGACCGAUCUGAGUAACGUAGCCGCUCCGGGUUCCAACAACUCUUUGGAUCUGUGCGGGGCAGGGAAUGGAGUGAUGCUCAGGACGGGGUCCACAGGACGUCUUGAAGUCCAGGGGAAACGACGAAAACUCGACAAGGUACGGCGUCUGAGCCGAGCUCUGAACCCCAAGCAUUGGCGACACAGCAAGGCGGACCCAGAACCUCUCCCACAUCCGUCCGCCAUGGGCCUCAUGGCUCUCGCCUCCAGGCCAAACUCCGCCUCUUCCAACGACUACCAAUUUCAGCAGCAGCAGGAACAGCAGCAGCAGCAGCAGCUAGAACAGCAGCAGGGGUCUGCGGAGACGGCAUCCACUGAGGACGGUUCCACGGUUUCCAGUGACGAAGAUGCUGAAGACAACCUGUACGAAGACGUGGAGAUUGGGCCCCUGAGGUCUUCCACAUUCGACGCUCCGCCCACCAGUCAGAAGCCACGCCUCUUUUCUGGCAGACUGCACAAGUCCCUGCCCCUCCCUCGUCUACGCGCUCGCCUCGUGGCCCGCAAGUCGUCACCUCGCAGCAACGACGAUCCAGUGGGCGGAGCUGAAGGCGGAGCCUCGCGCAAUGACGUACGUGUCACUAACAAUGGGGGAGUGGAAGAGGGACAUGAAGACUUCGACAACGACAACGACAGCGAAUCACACAUCUACGAUAUUCCUUCCCCGGUAGCCAAAGAGAAAAGCUGGAAAUCUACCUUAGAGCGGAAAUUCCAACAACUCAAACCGAGAUAUGACGUGCCAAAGAGCAGCAAUAGUAGACCGAAACCAGACGUUGUUGCCGUCUCGAAAAAUGAUUCAGAAGACAAUGACAUUGCUCUUCAGUACACAGCAGUUGAUCGAUCCAGGCCCAGAGAGGCAAGAAAGGUCCGUGACAAUUCAGCAGACAAUAUCAUCAAGGCGUCGGAAAAAUCAAAUCUUUCCGUAGAUGGAAAGAAAGCCAAGGCUUUGGGGAAUACCGCCGAUACCCCUCCUGUAGCUCCUACGAGAAGAAAAGCAGGGAAGGAGGGAAGUAGGGAGCAGGCUAGCAAUAACGGGAAACUCUCGUCAACGCAAGCACAGGUCGACAACUCGGGGGAGGGGGGUUUUUCAGACGCACCUACGCCACCUCGUCGCACGCGGAAGGUGAGAAGUAUGAACGACUCACCGGCAGAUGAGACCAGAAAUUCGUCCACUCACUCCGAGGGUUCCACCCCUCCUCCUCCCCCACCUCCUCCCAGACCCAAACCCAGAGGUGUGAAGAAGUCCAACAGUUCUCCGGCCGACACGGAAGCGGUGAUGGCGCAGGAGAGUGACCGAGAUGACCAUGUUGGGUUAAGGAAACAGGUGGCUGCCAUGACGUUACGGGAGGCACCUGACGUCCCCGCCCGGCCUAGCGUACUCUCACCCUCACACGGCUCAAACUCCAAAGACCGCAGUGAGAAACCAGUUCCCCCGCCCAAACCUCGCCAGCGCAAGGCUUGACAGAUUACACGUCACUUACUGACCACUUACUGACCACUUACUUACCUAAGGCUCAAUCCGAGUGGAUCCCAGAGUUUCUUGUCUGCGGAACUACAUUUUGUCGGGAUGAUUUAUUCACUAGGAAAAUAAUCAGAGUGCACGGAGUGUGUACGAUUCGUGUCCCCAAGUUUCUUAUGUGUCGUCCGUUAACGGGGCCAACUAGGUGCAGCGCUUAGAUUUGAUCCGUGAUUCGACAAAACCUCCAGGUGGGAGGGAUUUUAGAGACACAUUUAUUGUUACUCAAAUCUCAAUUUUUAUAUAGAUUUGAAAUCAGUGUGAAAAAUUACACUAGUUUAAUACCACACACACACACACACACACACACACACACACACACACACACACACACACAAACACACACACACACACACGCACGAUUAUCUUCGUCGUUGAUGAAUAUUAUGUACAUAGUUGCGCCUGCAAUUCUGCUUUCUUCUUCACAUCCAAUAUAGGAACAUCAAAGCUAUUGCGUCCAUUACAAAAGAAGUAAGACUCUCAGACGCUGUUUUGAUCAUCUAGACUUACAUCUAGGCUAGCCUAGCAUGCCAGCAUGCCCCAACCCUGACCUACUAGCUACUGUCAACUAGAUGACGUUACCUAAAUAUUUCACUCCAAAAUUCCUACCGCAAAAAAUGGGAGAGAACGAAGCCACUCCGCGCGAGGUCUCGUUCCGACUUGGAACCGUUCUAGGACGGGAAGUCUCGUCCAAGAAUCGCUCGGAUCCAUUCGGAUUGAGCCUUUCCUCUCUCCCUGCACCGUCAGGAACAUAAGACGGAGAACAUUCGACGCCACGCUUGUCUGUCCUUGGCCACGUCCUCCAAUUUCGGCACAUCUAGACCCUGGGUGAUUGCCUCAUCUCUUAUUGUGCCUGUGUAGCUUCCAGUUGGUUUUCUCCGUUAUCUUUUUCCAGUUGGUCUCCAAUGUCUGAUAGGGCGAUCUUGUCUUGCACAUUCUUAGUACACGUCCUAAGUAUCUCCAUCUUCACCAACCACACUGAGAUACAAAAGACUGAUUGUUUGUACAGGACGGACAUUUACCACACAAUAGGGUCAGAAGCUACGAAGAAGAGUCUCCAUAUUAUUUUAGCGACGUUUGGGUCUAGUUCACUUGUGUCUGUGUACUUUAGCCGUGGUAGGCCAAAUUUAAACAAAAAAAGACUUUACCCUAUGCGCUUUACACUAUAUUAUUGCCCCCCAGCAGACCAUUGAACACAUUCUCAGCUGUAUACUCAUCAAAAUUACCAGAUAAAUAAACAUUUUGUUUCUGUGGUAAAAAACACCCAACGUUAUUGGGGAAAGUGCAACAGCAGAGGUGAUACCUGAAUGACCAGGCCUGAGGUAUCCCAGCCUGUUAGUGUCCGUUUUUUUCCAUUCGUGAGAUUUAUGACUUUUAUUAUGUGUAUUUUACUCAUCAUCUGAAAUGUUAUUUGCUGAGAAAUACAACACAAGGUGUGACCGUGGUGCUAUUUUUCCAGCUUACAUAAUUUUGACAAUCAGUUUGUACAUAUUGUCGUUGAAAUACGGACUUGCUGAUAAUUUGUAGACUCCUCGAAAACCAUGCUAACCAGGAAUCUUGCCUUUUAUGUUUUGUUUGAUUUUAUAAUUAUAUAUAUGUGUGUGUGUGUGUGUGUGUGUGUGUGUG